AUGGCUCCCCAUGCUGAAGUGAGCACGGGCUCCGCGAAUGGAGAUGGACCCUCUCUCGGCCACGCCAACGGCCACACCAAUGGCAGGAGCAGCGGUACUACUGCUCCUGCCGGCAAUCUCUUCACUGUCAACUCCCCCAACGUCGUCUACACCGACGACACCAUCCUAUCCAAAUAUACAUACCGCACUACAAGCGUUCAGUCCGGUCCUGAUGGACGUUACACUGCUGUUCCCACUGAAACGGUCUAUGACUUCAAGGUCGACCGGAAGGUGCCCAAGGUCGGCCUCAUGGUCGUCGGCUGGGGUGGUAACAACGGCUCGACCGUCACUGCUGGUAUCAUUGCCAACCGUCGUGGGCUCUCGUGGGAGACUCGCGAGGGCAGUCGCUCUGCCAAUUACUACGGCUCGCUCGUCAUGGGCUCUACCAUGAAGCUGGGCACUGACGCCACUAGCCACCGUGACGUGAACAUCCCCUUCCAUGACGUGCUGCCCAUGGUCCACCCCAACGAUCUUGUCAUUGGUGGCUGGGAUAUCAGCAGCCUCAACCUGGCGCAGUCCAUGGACCGUGCUGGCGUGCUGGAGCCUACGCUGAAGGGUCUGGUCCGCAAGGAGAUGGCUGCCAUGACUCCGCUUCCCAGCAUCUACUAUCCCGAUUUCAUUGCGGCCAACCAGGAAGAGCGUGCCGACAACUUGAUUGCCGGCUCCAAGGCCGACUGGGCCCAUGUCGAGCACAUCCGCAAAGACAUCCGCGACUUUAAGACGACCAACAAUCUUGACAAGGUCGUUGUGCUCUGGUCGGCCAACACCGAGCGUUUUGCCGACAUCACCGAGGGCGUCAACGACACCGCCGACAAUCUGCUUGCGGCCAUCAAGACCGGCCACGAGGAGGUCGCUCCCUCGACUGUCUUUGCCGUGGCCUCCAUCCUUGAGAAUGCUCCGUUCAUCAACGGCUCGCCCCAGAACACGUUUGUGCCGGGCGCCAUUGCCCUGGCCGAGCGCCACCACGCCUUCAUUGGCGGCGAUGACUUCAAGUCGGGCCAGACCAAGAUGAAGUCGGCGCUGGUGGACUUUCUGAUCAACGCCGGUAUCCGCCUGACGUCCAUUGCCAGCUACAACCAUCUGGGCAACAACGACGGGAUGAACCUGAGCUCCCAGCGCCAGUUCCGCUCCAAGGAGAUCUCCAAGUCAAACGUGGUCGACGACAUGGUUGAGGCCAAUUCCGUCCUGUACAAACCCGGCGAGAAGCCCGAUCAUACGGUCGUCAUCAAGUACAUGCCUGCUGUUGGCGAUAAUAAGCGUGCUCUUGACGAGUACUACGCCGAGAUCUUCAUGGGUGGCCACCAGACGAUCAGCAUCUUCAACGUGUGCGAGGAUUCGCUUCUAGCGUCGCCGCUCAUCAUCGACCUCGUGCUCAUCGGUGAGAUGAUGACGCGCAUCCAGUGGCGCGCCAACGCCACCGGCAGUGCUGAUGCCGCCGAGUUCAAGAGCUUCCACAGCGUGCUCAGCGUGCUCAGCUACAUGCUCAAGGCCCCCCUGACGCCACCUGGCACGCCUGUGAUCAACUCGCUGGCCAAGCAGCGCGCUGCCCUGACCAACAUCUUCCGCGCCUGUGUCGGCCUUGAGCCUGAGUCUGAUAUGACUCUCGAGCACAAGCUGUUUUGA